CUGAGGUUCUAUCAUCGUGCUGCACACACACACACACACCGGCUGUGAUUGACACAGUGAAGGGGUGGGGACGCAGGGUGGGGUCAGCAGCAGGGAGAGGCGGAGGAGAGACUCACAGCUCGAGCCCAACCCUUAAACACGGAAACAAACACACACUGAAAGACGACCGGGGCGACGGAAAGAGGGUUUAUUUCUCGACGCCGGGGAUAUGAUUUCUGUGAUCCGCCGAGGCAACGAGCGCAUCUUUCUCCUCUAAUACUGAGGUGGAAAAACUGACAUCGAGCUCACUGUUAUUCAAAUAUCACCCCGCCCGAUCCGAUCGACCCCCCCUCCGCUCCACCCCUUCACCGCCGCUUAGAUACCGAGAUGCACACGGAGACUCGGAACAAAAAAUGUCAGACGAGUCCGAAGAAAUCCACUGCAGCCACCUCUGAGCCUGUUGAGGAGAUGCCAUCCAUACAAAUCAAGCCGGAGCCAGAGGAGGUGGAGUGUAUGGUGAAAGAAGAGCCGUUAGACGAAUAUCCUGAGCCUACAGACCUCAAAAUCAAGUCCUCGCCCCCUCCGCUCCGAGACAUCAGCACCCAACACAACAAUGACGACCAGACGGAACCCGUGGACCUGUCCCUCAACAAGCCCCGCCCUUCCCUUCCGGUAGCCACGGCAACCUCCACCCCUGCAAACCCGCCUCCUCACAACAUCACGACGAGCGCCACCAUCCCGGCGGUGCUGUCGACGGGCUCCAUCCUGGCGUCCACGCAAGGGGUCGGAGGUCAGCAGAUCCUGCAUGUCAUCCACACCAUACCCUCUGUGACCAUGCCCAGUAAAAUGGGGCAGCUGCAGACCAUCCCCGUGGUGGUGCAGUCCUUACCGGUGGUCUACACAACCAUACCCACAGACGGAGUGGCUACCGCCGCCAUCACAGUACCUCUCAUCGGAAGCGACGGGCGGUCGGAGGGAUCAGUGCGUAUAAAGCCAGGCUCAACCUCUCCAGUCGAGUAUCAGUCUGAAAGUGAUGCUGAGAGUGGCACAGAGUCUGGAUCGGCCUCUUUCAGCACCCAAGGGAUGGAACCCAGAAAAUUAGAUGGAAAUGAGUUCGAUUAUGACGGCUGCAACAAAGUCUACACCAAGAGCUCGCAUCUGAAAGCCCAUCGCAGAAUACACACAGGUGAAAAGCCAUACCAGUGCACAUGGGAGGGCUGUACCUGGCGCUUUGCCCGCUCGGACGAGCUGACACGGCACUUUCGCAAGCACACCGGCAUCAAACCCUUUCGCUGCACUGACUGCGACCGCAGCUUCUCCCGCUCUGACCACCUGGCACUUCAUCGACGGCGCCACGUCAUGAUGUGAAACUCUUUGUACCCCUUCCUCCCCAGCCCUCAGGAGACAUGCACGCCCAUCCAGGGGUUCCAAAUGCUAUUGACGUCACCUCCCCAGUCUCCAGAUGUGAACAUAUGUGUUAAAUAUGGAGGUAUAAGGGGUGGCACGACCAUAUUGGUUACCCCUACUGGUUAGAACAUGGCUGCAGUUUUCUGCCAUGCCUCCAGAAGCCACAAACCACCCGUCCACUGGUGACCUCCACCGCCAUCUCAAUGCCUGAUCAUUAGCCAUUACUUGAAGGGACUACAAGAAAGGCAAACUGCACGCAGCACUGCUAUAUCUAUAACAGAGAAUGAUGACUGGGGAAGGUACCCCUUAUUGAGAUGAUUCUUUAAAAACAAGUACAGAAAAACAUGAGAAAGUAAAGGAUUUUAUGCAAGAUGGAUGCAAGAAGAUGGUGAGGAAAAAGUAGAAUUAUGUAAUAAAUUUGAUAAUUUUAAUGAGAUGGGUGGGUUGGAGAUGCAUCUACAGCUGCCUUGUUGAAUUCUUACAUUUUAUCCAAACUUUUUGUUGUACUAAAUUUGUAUACUCAUGCUAGGGUUGGGCGAUGUCUACCAAAUUGGCAUCGGACGAUGUCUACAGUGAAACAUCGUGA